UAGUGUGUGUCGCUUCUGUCUGGAAAAUGAUUAAACAGCAGGGCAUAUACUUUGUGCCUGCCCCGCUGCGGACCGAAUUAACAUCUAACUUGAAAGAUCACGCACCAUAUACACCAAUCGGCUUCGUCAAGAAGCUGGGUUUAUUUGGUCGAAUUUGAAUAGGUGUGCGCCACAAUAAAUCCUUGCGGGUUGCAAUGGAGGGUCGAAUAGGACCACUCACUUUUAACUUAACCUAACGUCUACAAUUUCUGAUUUAAAGGGAACUUUCGAAUUUCUUGAAUUGUCCAAAGCGAUCAUAGCGAUAUAUUUUGCCAUUAAGAGAAAAAACUAAAAUCCAAAAUGUUGAAACCAUGUGAUUUGAAAUACUCGUAAUAUCACAAAAAAUUACUAGGUUUAUCAGUUGUGCAUAUAUACUCGUAUCAUCCAAGCAACAAUUUUGAAUAUCAUCGAUGUUUUGCAAAUCCUUGAUUUCAGUGCCGAUCUUGUUCGAUUGAUGACCUAUUUAUUUUGUGUAAAUUCAUAUGGAACAUAGUAUAAAGAAAAUAACUUUUGUCUAAUUUCUACUAGGUUUAUUAUUUAUUACGACCGGUUUCGGUUUAUUAGACUAUUUUCAAGAACUAAUACAUCAAGCCAAGACAAGUACCUAAAUAUACAUUUAUGAGGCCACGUACCUGUAAUAGGUACCUGAAAUAACAAAUGUCAACUGAAUAAUCAAUACCAAUACUACAAUAACUAAUUAUCUUCUAUAAUACAUCACGAUUACCAACUGCUGAAUGGAUCCUAAACUAGAUAUCAAAAUUCACCAAAUUCAAAAGGGGGAGCUGCAAUUUAUUUAUUUCCAAUGCUUCCAACAAGUUCAUCUCCCUUCCUUUACUGCACGUAUGUAGAAUUUUCAUGUUUCCUUCAUUUAUUGUGUGGUUUGUUUCUUGUAGAGGCCCGUAUAUAGCUGAUAUAUUAUUAUAUUAUCGGAUAUCUAAAAUUCUUUCACUGGUUAGAAGCUCGUUAAUUUAAUUGUGAAGACAUUCGGAAAGAGAAGUGACCUUCAAGAUCAGUUCAAUUAUAACAAUUAUUUCAAUCACAAUCCUGACCAUGGGCUAACGAACGCAAAGUAUCGAUACACUAACAGGCCCCCGCUAUGCGACGCCACUGUUUCUCCGAAGUGACAACACUGUUUUCAGAGCAUAAUAUGAAAGCUGAACCGAAAAUAUUUCACGAAAUAGGAAUGCCGGGAACAAAAUACUCAUUUUUCCUGAAGAUAAACACAACUAUCAGGAAAAGAUAAGAAAUAUAAUUUGAAUUUGACUCUUCGAGGAAAACUAUAACACUCAGUCCACAAUAGAGAUCCAAUUAACGUCAACACUGCGUCAAAGUUGAAUUAUCCGACACUAACUGACCGUUUUCAUGGAGAGAAAAGAAUACAAAAAACUCGAAUUCACAUGUCCCAAGAGCCGCUCAUUCGUCAAAGCAUAUUUCCUCAGACAGUGAAGAAUUUACCAGAACAACUUAAAACAGGGAUGUGCAUCAUAAUUAAUGGAUUUCUGGAUAUAAACUGUGCCAAAUUUGUCGUCGAUUUGGUUUGCGAUAGAAGUCCCAAAAGCGAUAUAGCCCUGCACAUAAAACCAGUCUUGUCCAGGAGAUAUAUAGUGAGAAACUGUCGAAUUGGUGGUCAAUGGGGAGAAGAGGAAUUGACUUCGAUGCAGAAAUUCAGCUUGGAACGAAACAAGAAAUUCGUUAUGGAUAUCCUUCUGGCGGAAAAAGAAUUUCUAGUUGCUAUAAAUGGAAACCACUUUUGCGGCUUCAUUUAUAGAAUACCCUUAUCAUUUGUCAAAGUUAUCAAAAUUAAUGGCAAUCUCUCAAUCAAUAAUAUACAAUAUGAAAUGAUUGAUAUAUAUCCAAGGCCAUCGACUAGACCUGAUCCGAUUCAGUUGAUGCUGGGAGGAGUGAUAGAAUCUCCAUCCAGCAGUUCUUCGCCAAUGAGAACACCUUUAGCAGCAGUUCUGCCCCAAGGAUUCCCAAACGACAGUGAAUUGCAAAUCAAUGGUUACAUCAAAAUAGUUUCCAGAACUUUUUUCAUAAAUUUACAAAAUGGAAUUCACACCUGGCCACAUCCCGAUGUACAUUUUCAUCUCAAGUCAAUUUCGAGUCCAGCAUUCGAUAACCAGACAUUUUUUUACAAUACGAGGAGUAAUGGCGUCUGGGGACGACAGGAACGAGCCAAUAUCUAUAGGUUUACGCCUGCCACUAAUUUCAACGUGGUUAUCCAAAGAUUGAAAGACCGAUAUUCAAUAAAAGUCGAUGACCAACUGCUGGGCGAAUUCAAAUUCAGAGAAAAAGUUGACAAGAUCAAUACACUCUAUAUUCAAGGCGAAAUAUACAUCAAUAGUGUAUAUAUGAGAACAAUCUUUCAAUAAACUGUGUACCCAUCUAGUUAAAUCAAACUUCUAGAAGCA